AUGGUUUAUCGCGGCAAGCCGAGCGCUGCGUGUGAGCGCUGCCGGCAACGCCGAUUAAGGUGCGAUCAUAGAGAGCCUUCAUGCACUCAAUGUAUGCGAGCCGAAGUCAACUGUUCUGGAUACCGGAAUUUGCUGGACUUGAACUUCCAGGAUCAGAGCAACGAUGUUAUUCGCAAUUAUAAAGUUCCAGCGCGCAAGAAGCGCUCUGUGUCGACACGCAUCGUGAAAUCUCAGACAUCAGUUUCAACUAGAGUGCCCGAGGAUCCAACUGAUUAUGGACUGUUAUGCAGCGACAAAGCGACUUUGAUCAUUCCAACGGCUGCUCUUGUGUACCCUGUGGAAGAAAUUGCAAGGAGCUAUCUCUAUGUUAAUUACAUGACAGGAGGUCCCCGUUGCAGUUAUAUGUCAUAUCUAUUACCUCUCAUGGAGGACUCACAAAACUCGGCAGUCAACGCAGCAGUCAAUGCCGUUGCGUUAGCGGCUCUAUCAAAUAUCCGACUCUCUCCUAAUACCAUGUUGAAGGCACAGAAAGAGUAUACUACGGCCUUGUCUAAGACCAAUUCGGCCCUGAAAGAUCCUGUCCUGUGCAAGACGGACGGUAUCCUAGCAGCAGUGGUUAUGCUUGGUAUAUUUGAAGUCAUGACAUGUACUGACGGCUCAUUUAUCGACCGCUGGGUGCAUCAUAUGGAGGGCGCAACAAGGUUGAUAGAGAUUCGUGGCCCAGAACAGCUUUCUCGGCAGGAAGGGCAAGAUUUAUUCACACAACUACGCGGUCAAGUGAGCCUCUGUCGAAUAUACCAGGAGAGACACAGCUCACCAGUUUUCAAUAAAUUAACCGAAAAAAUCCAACGAGAUCAGAAUCCUAAUGAUCAAAUCCUGGAUCAGCUCGCCACUAUAGUUACUCGAUUGACAGAUUUCUGCGCGAAUGUAACUAGAGGGCACAUCCUUAACCCGACAGAAAUCAUCCGCACCGCUCUGAAACUCGAUGCAGAGCUGGUAUCACUGAUGAUCGGUGUGCCCCCUUCGUGGAGAUACACUAUAGUCAAUAUUCCAGUAUUUGAGGGGAAGCCUAUCACCAAAGCUGUCUGGGGUGACAGCUAUCACAUAUAUCAGAGCAUUCCCGCAAGCAGCAUGUGGAAUAAUUACCGUUCAAUUCGUAUCAUCAUUCAAGAGCUCAUUAUCGAUACCCUCAAGGAUCUAGAAGAUUCCGAAAAUGAUGAUAUUGGUCUUUCACAACGCAGCAGCUUGGUAAGCCAAGCAAGCCAGACAGCGCUUCAUUUGGUGGAAGACAUAUGUGCCAGCGUGCCUUACAGCUUAGACAUAGGAAUAGAAGACGACACGCGCCUGAAAGAUUCUGCUCUAAAAACCACACACACAUCUACUUGUCAGGGGAUGGACAUGGUGAGCACUCUGUCACCCUUUCAAGCUUCGGGAGCAGGCGGCCUCACCAUCAUGUGGCCUCUCUUGGUUGCUGCAAACUCAGGAUUUGCAUGCGAUGAUCUUCGCAAAUGGAUUGCGAACUGUUUGGAUAAGAUUGGCCAUUCAAUGGGUAUUAAUCAAGCGCUGGCCAUGUCGAAAUUAAUACAAGAUGGGGUACGGUCACGGGCAUUCCUAACACCAGAGUAUCGAUCUCAUCCUUACAAAUUAUAA